UCUUCAAAGUGGAAGGCCCCCUUGCUACCUUCGCAACCAGAUCCCCGUGCUAUCGACGAUGGCCUCCGAGCUCAUCUACCGCGGCGGCCACGACGCCCACCCGCCGGAGAGCGGCAGCGGGUACACCCCGAAGCCGGAGAAACACCUCCUCUGGCUCUGGCGCCCGCUUCGCUACCUUCUGCGGGAGCAGCGCCUUGUAUUCGUGCUCGUCGGCAUGGCCCUCGCCUCCCUCCUCUUCGCCCUCGCUCCCUCAUCUUCCUCCACCAACUCCUACUCCUACUCCUCCGCCGUGGCGUCCGAACUCGCCCUCCGGUCGGCGAUGGACCGCCAGCAACAACAGCACCACCAUAGGGCGGCGUUCGAGGCGGCGGCGAGGGGAUUCGUCGGGGGGAAGGUGCCGCUAGGGAUCAAGCGGAAAGGGCUCCGCAUCGUGGUGACGGGCGGGGCCGGGUUCGUGGGCAGCCACCUGGUGGACCGGCUGAUCGCCAGGGGUGACAGCGUGAUCGUGGUGGACAACUUCUUCACGGGGCGGAAGGAGAACGUGAUGCACCACUUCGGGAACCCCAACUUCGAGCUUAUCCGCCAUGACGUCGUCGAGCCCCUGCUUCUCGAAGUCGACCAGAUCUACCACCUCGCCUGCCCCGCCUCCCCCGUCCACUACAAGUUCAACCCCGUCAAGACCAUCAAGACCAACGUUGUGGGAACUCUCAACAUGCUAGGCCUGGCCAAGCGAGUGGGGGCCAGGUUCCUCCUCACCAGCACCAGCGAGGUCUAUGGCGAUCCCUUGCAGCACCCUCAAGUUGAGACCUACUGGGGCAAUGUUAAUCCCAUCGGGGUUAGGAGCUGCUAUGAUGAAGGCAAGCGUACAGCGGAGACACUGACCAUGGACUACCACCGUGGUGCCCAAGUCGAGGUGAGGAUUGCUCGAAUCUUCAACACUUAUGGGCCCCGCAUGUGCAUUGACGAUGGCCGGGUUGUCAGCAACUUUGUUGCUCAGGCCUUGAGGAAGGAGCCAAUGACGGUUUAUGGGGAUGGAAAGCAGACAAGGAGUUUCCAAUAUGUUUCUGACCUUGUGGAGGGGUUAAUGAGGCUGAUGGAAGGAGAACACAUUGGUCCAUUCAACCUGGGCAACCCCGGAGAGUUCACAAUGCUGGAGCUUGCUAAAGUUGUGCAGGAAACCAUUGACCCCAAUGCUAAAAUCGAGUUCCGUCCCAACACAGAGGAUGAUCCUCACAAGCGCAAGCCUGACAUCAGCAGGGCCAAGGAACUGCUCGGCUGGGAGCCCAAGAUCCCUCUCCGCCAGGGUCUUCCUCUAAUGGUCUCCGACUUUCACAAACGUAUCUUUGGUGAUCACUCUGAUGCUAAACCAUCCACAACUUCCACAGCCACUGGAACGGGAUCCUCCUAAGAUUCAAAGUUCUCUUUUGGAACGGGAUCCUCCUAAGAUUCAAAGUUCUCUUUCGGACCUGGUUUGUGCUAUACAGGAAAUUUACAGACUAUAAGAAUCCCAUUUGGUCGAAGCGCAGCAAGAGAAGGAUCAUGCCUUGAUUGGUUUAGGUUCUAAAUGACUUGGCCAUUAUUGUCCUUUUGCUGGUUGCUGUAUAAGCUACUAGAGAUUCCUGCAUUGCAGUGGGACAAGUCCCUUUGGAGACAUUAUUGCUUUAUUUUUUUUUCCCUUUAGUUUUGAAGCAGGUGUCCUCAUGUGUUGUCAUCUAAUUUGAGUUUAAUACAGGUGUUAUAUUUGCUUUGAAUGAAUUAAUAGAAUCUCCUAUAUGUUGUCUUUUUGUCA